GUGACACCGUUUGAUGCGGCGACUUUUCAGCUACUUAGUUAGUUACUUGCCUAGUUAGUUACUUACUCAGUUAGUUACUUACAUCAUGAGCAGCACGCGUCUUGGCUGCCUCUGCGGUUGGCUAAUUGCCAUUAUCUUGAGCCUGAACGAGAUCCACUUGGAGGUCGAAGCCGUAGCCUAUUACACAGAGAAGCCUGCCUGGCUGCCCUCGUGUCGCAUCUACGAGCCGGGCUUCACCAAGUGCUCGACGAACAGCAUACAGAAGCUACUGGAUCAACUGAAUGUGGGCAUCCCAGAGGUCUUGGAGCGCUUUGGUCCCUUCGAUCCCAUGAAGGUGCGGGAUAUAGUGUUCAAGCAGGACAACAACGAGGUGGCCACCAUCAGGGCCAACCUUACCGAGGUGGUGGUCAAGGGAUUUGCCAAGACAACGGUCAAGGAGAGUCGUGUUAGCAAAAAGGACUUUGGCUGGCAAACCAAAAUAUAUCUUCCCAAGAUGAGGCUGGAUGGCAAGUACGACAUGGCCGGACGAAUACUCCUCAUACCUCUGAGCGGCUCUGGCAAAAUAUUCAUUGAGAUCGACGAUCUUGACAUCUUGCUGUUGACCAAAACCCGUCUGUAUGAGAAAGGCGGCUUCACCUUCGACAAUGUGACCGCGGUGCGGGCCCAGCUGAACAUCUCCAAGGUGCGAACCUAUUUGGACAACCUGUUUAAUGGCCGUAGCAAGGAGGUGGAGCGCAGCACCAAUGAGUUCUUCAACGAGAACUGGCGCGACUUUUACGAGGCCCUCAAGCCACUGAUCGUUGAGACUGUGGAGAACAUCCUGUACGACGUGAUGGGCACGGUGUUCCAUCUAAUCCCUGCCAACUUUUUUGUUGAAGAUAUACCGACGCCCCAGCAACUAUACGGGCCCAAGCAGGCGGCUUCAGAGGGUAAAAAGAUUAGUACCAAAUAGAAAUCAUUUAUUCUAGUUUUAAGCUUAGCCAGAGAUGUGAUUAAAUCGGCAAUAAAAAUAGCUAUAAACCAAAA